GAUAUAAUGAUUAGAGAAUAGCCAGAGUGACACGUUGCACAUAAUCAAGAGAACGUUUCCAGGUGGUGGUUUCUGAAAUUGCUCAGUGAGUACACCUAAUUAACCUGAUUUUUUGGUGGUAAUCACACACAAUGGAAUCAAAUAAAAAAUCCGGGGAUGGAUUGACCGGCACACAGAAAGAAGCUGCCCUUCGCACUUUAAUUCAGCGCACAGGAUAUAGUUUGAUUCAGGAAAAUGGUCAACGAAAAUACGGAGGGCCACCACCAGAUUGGGAUGGACCACCACCAGAACGAGGCUGUGAGAUUUUCAUUGGAAAACUUCCCCGAGAUCUCUUUGAAGAUGAACUUAUUCCAUUAUGUGAAAAAGUUGGUAAAAUCUAUGAGAUGCGGAUGAUGAUGGAUUUCAGUGGAAAUAACAGGGGAUAUGCCUUUGUAACCUUCUGCAAUAAACAAGAGGCAAAAAAUGCAAUCAAGCAACUGAACAAUUAUGAAAUUCGGGAUGGUCGGUUACUUGGUGUUUGUGCCAGUGUGGACAACUGCCGCUUAUUUGUAGGAGGAAUUCCAAAAACCAAGAAAAGGGAAGAAAUUUUAGCCGAAAUGCGGAAAGUGACGGAGGGUGUGGUUGAUGUCAUUGUGUACCCCAGUGCAGCUGAUAAAGCAAAAAACCGGGGGUUUGCUUUUGUGGAAUAUGGAAGCCAUAGAGCAGCAGCUAUGGCAAGACGAAAACUGCUCCCAGGACGGAUACAAUUAUGGGGACAUCCGAUUGCUGUAGAUUGGGCAGAACCAGAAGUUGAGGUUGAUGAAGAUACAAUGUCAUCCGUUAAAAUCCUCUAUGUGCGAAAUCUUAUGUUAUCUACUACUGAAGAAACAAUUGAAAAAGAAUUCAACAACAUUAAGCCAGGUUCAGUGGAACGUGUGAAGAAAAUUAGAGACUAUGCGUUUGUGCACUUUAAUAAUCGAGAAGAUGCUGUGGAAGCCAUGAACAUCUUAAAUGGCAAGGUGUUGGAUGGCUCUCCCAUUGAAGUUACAUUAGCAAAGCCAGUUGACAAAGACAGUUAUGUUAGAUACACCAGAGGUACAGGAGGACGAGGACCAGCAUUGCCAGAAUUUACUUACACCUUUGGCCAUGUCUAUGAUCCUGCCACAUCUUAUCUAGGAGCUCCAGUUUUCUAUGCACCACAAGCCUAUGCUGCCAUUCCCAGCCUUCAUUUUCCUGCUGCUAAAGGCCAUCUCACCAACAGAGGCAUUAUUAGGCCUUCAUCCAUUAGAGAAAUUUACAUGAAUGUACCUGUAGGGGCUGCUGGAAUUAGAGGACUAGGCGGUCGAGGCUACUUGGCUAAUCCUGCCCUGGGUCGUGGAUACCAGCUGAAAGGAGAAAAAAGAGGGGAGGACAAACUCUAUGACCUUUUGCCUGGAAUGGAGCUUACGCCAAUGAAUCACGUCAGUUUAAAGCCACAAGGAAUUAAACUUGCUCCACAGAUAUUAGAAGAAAUCUGCCAGAAGAAUAACUGGGGACAACCUGUUUACCAACUUUAUUCUGCCAUUGGACAAAACCAAAGACAACUCUUCUUAUAUAAAAUCAAUAUCCCUGCCCUCGCCACUCAGAAUCCUACAAUACAUCCCUUCACACCACCAAAGCUAAGUGCCUAUGUAGAUGAAGCCAAAACAUACGCAGCAGAACAUACUCUUCAGACACUGGGGAUUCCCACUGAAGGAGCAGAAAACUCUGCCACUAAUGUACCGUUUCCUGGUAUAAUCUGGAAGCACCAUUCAGCUAUGAAGGGGACCAAAAGGACAAUAAGGAUUGGCAAUGAGGACAGCCCAUUUUAUUCAGGACUUCAGAUGGCUACCUUGAAGUCUUCUUUCCUUUUUCUCCAUAUGAAAAAGCGCUAUCUGGAUAACCUUGGGACAGAUACUCUCUCCUUAAGAAGAAGAUGGACUUCUGACAAACCACUUCUGACAGCUGCAAAUUCUCAACUCCACCACACUAUACGAAAUCUUCCUCCUGCACAUCCACAAUCUGGUGCUAUCAAUGUUUUUCCUUUUAAGACUGGAGACUGCCUUAAUGUCCCAGGGGAGAAACCGAGAAGGAAUUGCUCAGCCUGGGUACUUCAAGACUUGGAAGUCAAACACACACAACCAGACAGAAACAACAAAGAGGUCACUGUUUUAAUACAGCAUUCAGAAAGCAGCAAAUGAAAUACGGUUCAGGAUCCUUAAAUGGAAGCAAGGGAUUUUUAGAAACGAUCUCAUUAGUUCCCUGUUUGUGUAUAACUGGAAUGACAAUGCCUUUCUGAUCUUGUACCUACAUAGCUGCUGAAUCCAGCAAUCCGGCCAAAGUCUGAGAACAGUUUGGUAGGUGUUCAUCCAGCCUUCAGUAGCAAAGAAGCAGCUAAUAAGAGACUCUUUUAGCAGGUGACACCUUCAAUAAAAUGCCCUUUCCAGAAGGGCAAAUCUGGAGCUUGCUUUCUUGUUGCUUUUGACUUUGCCACUGACAACUUAUCAUGUUUAAAACUAUUUUUAAAUUGUUGUGAUGUACUGCUUUAUUGUUUGGGUUUUUAAAAUUAAUUUACAUUGACCACUGUGAUGGGAGAGCUUACUCCACAACACUAACAAUGAUGGUUUAUCAGUUCAGGAAGACAGAAAGUCACACUGAGUCCCUGGUCUUUUGCACCUAGAUGAGCUAAGAGCAAAAGAAACAAGUGACAUUGAGUUUAUGGAGCAUGUUGAGAUCAAACACAGUUCAAACAUGGACAUGCAUAGGCAGAAGCUCUCCAAUACAGAAAAAAAAAAUGCAACUGAUAAGGAAAUAGCUACAAAAAGAGACCUGGAUAUCCUUCAUCACUACAGACACAUUCCUAGAAAGGAAAUAGAGCAGCUCUGAAUCUCACCUAAGCCAAGAUCUAAGAUGGUAACCUUGCACCUGCAGAUGGAAGUUAUAAGGAAGCGUGGAAAAGCAUAGCCUUGAAUCCUUUCUUAGCAUAUGUAAUCCUCUAUUUGUAUAAGGAUAUGUAUCUACGAUUAUACAAUAUAAUUGAUACAAUCUGUGUUCUUUUUCUAAACUUUUCACCUCAGUGAAAGGAUGGAUGCAUUGUUUUAGAAAUAAACUGCUAAGUUUCAGAGAAGGCUCUCUUGAUCUGCUCAGAAAGCACAACCGAAAUAAGAUAUUGUAAUAAUAUGCUGAUCUUCUUGUACUGUUUGUGCAGCUUUCCCUGUUCUUUAGAUAUUAGUUUUUAAUUCUAGCAUUUUUCCUUUCCUCACACCUUUGCUUAUUUUUUUUUUUUUAAUUCUUUGGUUUUAUGGGUGGGGGUUCUAAGGUGGAGGACAAGAUGAUGUCUGUGGCUGUGCUUUUGAACCUUUGCUUCUUUUUUUUGCAUACAAGGCAGAUGAAUUGCAGAUGAUUUUUCAGUAAUAAAACACAGUAUUUAAAAAGCAAA